GUGCUGAUAGUCAACACAGCGUGCCGACUGCCGUAUCGCAGUCGCAGUCGCACGACAAUUCCAGCAAGCGCUCAAAAGGUUAGGCUCUUCGCCAAGAGAAGAGGUGCUGAGGAAGCCGGUACCGAGAUUGUCGAGUGGCGAUCGGACGAUGAGCGGUAACGAGUCGAUCAACUUCGAGAGUGCCAUUCCGAAAAUCAGGCAAGAAUUGCUCAAGUGGAAUGGCUGGGGCUACAAGGACUCUCAAUUUCGUGUCAAUGAGAAGGGUAUUAUAUCGUUUACUGGUACCAGGUACCCCAUUGGUAGUCGAGAAUUACCAUACUUCACGCGAUGGGUCCAAGAAGUUUUUGACGUCGACUUGUCUAUAAGAGACGAGGCCCAGCCCUUGCCUACUAACUUCCCGGAACCAAUUCUUUCGGUGGAAUUGCUCGAGGCCGUUAAGAAACUUGGAAUUGACUAUUCAACCAAUGGCCUCGACCGCCUUAUCAGAGCCCACGGACACACGCUGCGUGAGAUCUUCGUCCUGAGGAAGGGAUGCUUCCAGCGAAUACCUGACGUGGUUCUCUGGCCCAAAUCACACGAGGACGUUGAAAGGAUAGUGAAAGCAUGUGCGGAGUUUGGAGCGGCUUGCAUUCCGUUUGGGGGUGGCACGAGUGUCAGCGGGGCAGCCAGUUGUCCCGUGCAGGAACGCAGAACAAUUAUUUCCUUGGACACCUCGCAGAUGAAUCGGAUACUCUGGAUUGACAGAGAGAACCUGAUUGCUUGUAUUGAGGCGGGAAUUAUAGGUCAAGACGUAGAACGAGAACUUCGGUUGCGAGGUUUGACGACUGGCCACGAGCCGGAUUCUUAUGAAUUUUCUAGUUUGGGUGGAUGGGUCGCUACGAGAGCAAGUGGCAUGAAGAAAAACACUUAUGGAAAUAUUGAAGAUCUUGUAGUCAGAGUGAGAAUGGUGACGGGCCGAGUGGACGAUCCUGUGUCCACUUUGGAAAGAGGCGCUCAAGUUCCACGUGUCUCCUGUGGUCCAGAUUUCGACCACAUGAUCCUCGGUAGCGAAGGUACUCUCGGCGUCGUUACUCAGGUUGUUCUAAAAGUCCGACCAAUGCCAAAUAUCAUCAAAUACGGCAGCAUUGUCUUUCCUGAUUUCCAGAGCGGCGUACGAGCCAUGCGAGAGGUAGCGAGACUACGAUGUCAGCCAGCCAGUAUUCGUCUGAUGGACAAUGAGCAGUUCAAAUUCGGCCAAGCUCUGCGUCCAGAAACUGGCUGGGGUAGUUCAAUUCUACAAGGGCUGAAGCAAGCAUAUGUUACCAGAAUUAAAGGUUUUCAAUGGGAGAAUAUAUGUGUCGCGACGUUGCUUUUCGAGGGUGCGACGGAGGUUGAUGUGGCAGUCCAGGAACGCAAGAUUUACGAGGCCGCUAAAAAAUUUGGCGGCAUUCCCGCCGGUGAGACCAAUGGCGAACGCGGCUAUACUUUAACUUUCGUCAUCGCAUAUAUACGUGAUCUGGGUCUUGAGUACGGUGUCUUAUCGGAAUCUUUUGAAACAUCCGUUUCGUGGGACCGAGCUUACGCGUUGUGCCGUAACGUUAAAGCUCGAGUCACUCGUGAUUGUAAAGCUCAUGGAAUUCAGAAACAUUUGAUUUCUUGUCGUGUCACUCAAACAUACGAUGCCGGCUGUUGCAUCUACUUUUACAUGGCCUUCAAUUAUAAGGGUCUUCGAGAUCCUGUAAGAGCUUACGAAGCCAUCGAAGAGGCGGCCCGUGAGGAAAUUCUUGCUAAUGGUGGUUCCUUGUCUCAUCAUCACGGAGUGGGCAAGAUGCGCGCUUGCUUCUAUCCGGAAGCCGUUGGUGAACUUGGCGUUAGUCUUUACCGAGCGACUAAAGCUCAUUUAGAUCCGCACAAUAUAUUUGCCGCCAGUAAUUUGGACCCCAAGUACAAAGCAAAAUUGUAAAUAUGGGCAUAAGAAUAUUUUAAUCGAAGGAAACACGUAUUGUCUGAGGAGUAUCCAGUAGCCAAAGAAUCGGCCAGGCAGUCUCCUUGUCAGCCUGCAGAUGUCCCAAUUGGUGGGUCCCUGAACCUAUUCCGAUAAACGUUGAUGUUAGAGAAGAGACGCUAUCGUCUUCAUUUUGGUGAAAUCCCCUUCUCUGUUUCUCUCAAUUGGCAUCCUGCCAAUCAAUCGGUCAAUUUCCAAAUUGGUCGCGAUCGGUAGAUAUCAAACAACCACGGACCGCAGUAAUUUUGUUGGUACAAGUACAGAAUUGUAAUUGUGUCAUCAUUUUUAUAAGUUAUAAAUAAAGAAAAAAAAAAGAGAA